UAAAAAUUAAAAUCACUUAUUCAUAUGGUCAAUUAAUAUGUUGCGAUAAAAUUAAGAUACAAGUUUGGUUCAUUAUUUAUAUUUUGUUCUUCUAUAUAUGUCCAUGCAAUUGUUUCUCUCUUCCUCAUCUUGAUCCUUCUCUGGAACUCUCUUAUCAUAUAUUUUUAUAAAAAGUUCUACAGAAAAUGGCUGAAAAUUUUGCUUUUGUUUUGUUCGGAACCAAAAUUUCUAAACACAAUGGUGAUACUCCCAUUCUGCUAAUCGACCAUGAUACUGCAUCAAUCGCUUCUCUCACUCCAAUGCUUAAACAACAUUCGUACAAGGUGAUAAGUGUGAAUGUGGCAAGUGAGGCUGUAUCAAUGCUCGAAAAACAGAAGGACAUCGUACUUGUCAUCGCCAACAAUGAAAUGCCUCAUAUAGAUUCGCAUUCGUUUUACACUUCUUUGCUGACCAAAGAUAUUCCUUUGAUAUUGAUCAGUUCAGAGGGGAAGAGAAACAAAUCAUCAAACUCUUUGGAAAAAAGAGCGUGUUAUUUCCUAACAAGGCCUAUUCAUGAGAAAGAUAUCAAUAACAUGUUGCAACAUGUCUUACCUAAUAAGAGCCAGAAGUUAGAAAAAAUAAGCAUACCUAAUAAUGCUGAGGCCUUACUGCGUAUAAAUCAGAUGAAAGCUUUCAGAGAAAAUCUUAGGAGACAGAGAACAGAAGUAAAUAAUAUAGAGAGUAAAGUUAGAAGACGCAGUAAUUUAUGGACUUGUGAGAAUCACUUGAAGUUCUUGUCUGCUAUCUCUAACUUGGGUGACGAAGAUUCUCAUCCCAAAUCCAUAUUGAGUAUUAUGAAUGUUCCAAAUUUGACUCACCGGGAAGUCGCUCGCCACCUUCAGUCUUACAAAGCUAAAGUUGAUCGAAUGAAUGAAACACUAUCGAGGAAAGAGUGGAUACCAACAAAUAAAACAUUUGAAUACCCUUCAGACUACAAAUAUCCUUUCACAUUAUCCAACAUAGCAAAAAAUUUAUUUUCAGGUAAGAACCUUAUUAGGUAAAGGGAUACAAAGCUAAAGUUUUAUCUAGGAGGGCAAAUGGACUUAAGCAGUAGCCAGUGGCAGAGGUAGUGAAGCAGUGUGGGGUCAUAUGACCCCCCUAUGAAAUUAAUAUUUUCUCUAUUGUUAAUGUAAUUUUGAAUGAAGUUGGUGAAAUAUUCAGAUAAAAUUAAUGUCCCCUAUGUAUGUGUUAAAUCUUCCAAAUGCACUUACUAUUUUAUUUAUUUUGUUUUAUGAGU